AUGUAUCAAUACCCAGGCAAAAGUUCGCACGUUAUUCAACGUAUAGGAACUCUCCAAGUGAUACGUGACCAUCUGGAGAAAAUUGAAGAUCCAUGCGGAGAACUUCCAAACGUCCUUACAAUACUGUUAGCUUAUAAAGCUGGUCAGCUACUAUUCGACGAUAAUGCCACCUACUGGGCUCAAGGCAGAAUGGUUGGUGGCCCCUCGCCAUUCUCCUGGGAGGAUUUUGGAAGACUGAACACCGAGGAAAACCGAGGAAUAGGAGGGUUCUGGGUUGAAGGAGUUUACUCACGGCAGCCCAAAACUGCCAUGCUUGUAAAUAAAUACACAUCCUCGACGCAUGAUAUGCAUGGCAAAGUAGAAGUCGAUCUCACCAUCCGACUCUCCCAGGCGGUCCCAGUUGACCCCAUGUAUCCUCGGGAUAAUACGUUCGAUCGCACUGGCGUACCUUUUCCUGAACUGGAGUUAAAGUUUUCGGAUGAUACAGGAGCGAGUACGAUGAAUAUUUUCAAUGAUGAUAUGCAAAACUUGAUGGGAAACAAUGCAGGCAUGCGGCCCGCCCCAGUGUCGCACCUUAUGGGCUAUGAAGUCUUUCGCAUGGCAAGUGGUGCACGAUCUGUGAUGAAAAUCAUUUUGGUGGACGUAAAUAUCAGGGGGCUAGAUAGGAAUGAUAACCGAGACUUUAUGGGUGCCUGGGACUGUAUUCCUUGCGCGGUAUUUGACCAAAAUCAAAACCAGGGCCAGGUGAGGCUGAAUGGUCCAUGGUUACGGAACAUGUACUAUGUCGCGACUGCACCUGCGCAAAUGGUCACUCUCUGUGCUGGCACUAAUAAAUCAGAUAUUUACGCGGCUGAUAUGCUCCCAAGAGUCGAUCGUAUAAAUCGCAAUCCACCUCCUUCCAGGGUGCCUCAUUAUGGGGUACAGUGGGUCUUAGAUGCAACCGACGGUUUCUUUUAUCCCCUCGCCGCAGUAGGAGGGCCAGCAGCAGUACCACCAACACCAGUACCACCGAUAUCAGGACCACCACUAGUAGCAGAACCAGUGGCAAUGCCACCGCGAGUACCACCAGGACCGUAUCUUCCACCUAUAGUAGCAGCAGCAGCACCACCAGGGCCAGCACUACCGCCAUGA